ACGACUUGCGACGGUCGGUAUUGUUAUUAAUUUUUACUGUAAAACGUGUACUGCAGCAUAUAUUACAUAUUGUGCUGCCUACUUUCUCGUACUUGGUGCUUACCCACGACUCGACGUUAACUCGACUCCCUUCCACUCGUGACGACUUCAGUGCAAGUCGAACAAACUGGUGACAGGUGGUGACUCACGCGAUUAACCGAUAAGCAAACGACAGGGGCCGCGCCAGUACGUUCCGUUUGUCUUCCAGAACGACAAGUCCGAAAACCGUCUACGCAUCGCUGCUGUACGUGGCUCUCCGGCGAGAACCAUAAAGCGACAAUUUUUUCUCCAUAAUCCGUUUCCCGUUAAACAUCAAAAUUAGCGAAUCAAGCAUGUCACGUAAAACGGCAGUGAGGAGGGCAACCACAAAGAAACGGGCGCAGCGCGCUACGUCUAAUGUGUUUGCCAUGUUUGGGCAAGCACAGAUACAAGAAUUUAAAGAAGCGUUCAAUUUAAUAGAUCAAAACCGCGAUGGGUUUAUUGAUAAAGAAGACUUGCACGAUAUGCUAGCGUCUUUAGGCAAGGAUCCAACUGACGAAUACUUAGAAGGUAUGAUGAAUGAUGCUCCAGGCCCUAUUAACUUCACUAUGUUUUUAACAUUGUUUGGCGAAAGACUUCAAGGGACAGAUCCAGAAGAUGUAAUAAAAAACGCCUUCGGUUGUUUUGACGAAAACAAUGAAGGUGUUAUUAACGAAGAACGUCUACGAGAGCUUUUGGUCACAAUGGGAGAUAGAUUCACCGACGAAGACGUUGAUGAAAUGUAUCGUGAAGCUCCAAUAUCUAAAGGAAUGUUUAAUUACAUUGAAUUCACACGUAUUUUGAAACAUGGUGCUAAAGAAAAAGAUGAAGUUUAAACAAUUAUUAUUAAUAUUACACUUAUUUAAAUAUAUUUAUAUUCUACUAUACAAAAUAACACCUUAAAAUUGCGAUUUACAAUAAGUAAAAUCAUUGUAAGCCAAUUAAAUAAAAAUAAUAGGUGAAUAGUAUACCUAAUUUUAUUUAUUUAACCUUAUUGUUCAUUUCUAACA